AUGAUGCACUACUCAAACUGGCUUAUUGGCGUGAAAAACAGGGCAAGUCUUCGAAAUGCAUGCAAAACACCGCCUAACACCGACUGGAACAAUAAGGGGAACGUUGUGGACGUGCGGAAUAACAAUCCGCUGCCUAACGAAAAGACAGCCGAGCGAAUGGUCACCACCCACCUCUGGAAAAAAGGCUACAAAAUAAUCAAGAAAAUCGGGGAGGGCACAUUUUCAGAGGUGGUGAAGACACAGAGCCUUAAAGAUGGGAAGUUUUACGCAUGUAAAACCAUGAAGCAGACAAUUAACAGUAUGGAGCAGGCCAACAACCUGCGGGAAGUCCAGGCAAUGAAGAGACUGAGCCCGCAUGCAAACAUCAUCCAGCUACAUGAACUGAUUUUUGACAAAGAAACUGGAACCGUGUCUUUGAUUUGUGAGCUGAUGGAGAUGAACAUCUAUGAGUUCAUACAAGGAAGAGAAACGCCACUGCCUGACCAUACAGUAAAGAACUACAUGUACCAGCUCUGCAAGUCGCUUGAACACAUGCACAGCUGUGGGAUCUUUCACAGGGAUGUGAAGCCAGAAAACAUCCUGAUCAAACAAAAUGGUCUGAAGCUUGGCGACUUCGGCUCGUGUCGGAGUGUGUACUCCAAGCCUCCACACACAGAGUACAUCUCCACGCGCUGGUACAGAGCCCCAGAGUGCCUCCUCACUGAUGGCUACUAUAGCCUAAAGAUGGACAUGUGGAGUGCUGGUUGUGUCUUCUUUGAGAUCAUGAGUUUAAAUCCUCUCUUUCCUGGAGCCAAUGAGUUGGACCAGGUUGCCAAGAUCCACGAUGUGCUGGGGACACCAGAUGAAAGCAUCCUUCAGAAGUUCAAGCAGUCUAGAGCGAUGCAUUUCAACUUUCCCCCUAAGAAAGGCACCGGUAUCUCACGGUUAAUCCCCAGCUGCCCGGCUCCGGCUCUGUCACUGCUCUAUCAGAUGCUUGCGUAUGACCCCGAUGAACGCAUCACUGCAGAAACAGCCCUGCGGCACACAUACUUUAGGGAAAUCAGGCUGGCAGAGAAAAAAGCUGAGAGUCUUCACAGACUUUCUGGGACUAUAGAUGGAGUGGAGAGUAGUGGGAUGCUCAACUCCUUAGACCACAUCUGGCGCCCAACCAGACUUGGCAAGCAGCUGAGGGGAAGACACACAAGGCAGACACCUUUAAUGAGCCACAACAUGAAGCAUGUAGCAGAGCCCCUCAUCAGACGCAACAUCCCUCAUUAUCCAGCAGAGCUGCCCAAGCUCAACAUGGUCCUACCAGGACCGCUGAUCACCUCCCCAGUCUCCACCAUGCCUGCUUUCGCCGUCACCCACCGAGGCUCACUGCCAGCCAUCACGUCGAAAAAGUGCCAGUCACGGUUGGCCAAGCCCCGGGAUGAGUCACACCACGCAGCUUUCAAGACCUACUACAUGCCACCUCUGGAUAGGAAACAUGGAGGCUACUGAGAGCCACAUACACCCGCAACAUUUGAUUAAAAUUGCCUUUUUAAAACAGACAUGGGAGGACAAUAUUUUGACAGGCCUGAUG